GAGGCAACCGAGGAUGAAGCCCCAGCCUUCCUUGAAAUAAACAAAGCGCACCGAGAGUCCCCCCUAAAGCGCAAUUUGUCAAAGAGUUCUGCGUGCUGACGAGGAACGGGUUAAAGAGGCGCAGUCGCCACCGCCAGUAAGCUGAAUUCAUCUAUGUUGAGCACAGACUAGACGAGGUACUCAACUCUCAACCGCAUAAAACCGACGAUUUCAACGCUUUCUUCGACUAGGCUGGUGGUUUCUCUAGGUGGCUUUCAUCGGACUCUCGGAAACAGGGACGAAGCGCCUGGAGCAUACAGUAAAAGACGCAACUAUGGGAAAAGCAAGGUUCCUUGUUAGGCUGACCGACUCCCCCUCCCCAGAGUCUAUCGUGACAAAUGACAAGUGACUCCUCGUCUUGCCGUUCACCAGAGAGGAUAUCAUUUUUGACAGCUCGAGGGUCGUAGACAAACACGCACUCCUCCAUCUCGCGAUCGGCGCGCGGAUGAAGUGGCUGUUCGUUUUAAGAAGCGCCUUUUCCUUGGGAGGACUGUCAACUUGCUGUCUCUCAUGAAGUUAGAAAAACUUCGGUCGAGGAUUAGCCUACACUACUUAUUUUUCUUUGACCACGACACAGUGAAUGUCGUCCAUUUAUCAAGACUCCACGUAGAGGUCUGCAUUGGCGACAGAAAGUCCUAAAACUCCACCCGGAUACAGCAAAGAUGCCGGUCCGACGUGGUCACGUGGCACCACAGAAUACUUUCCUCGAUACCAUCAUUAGGAAAUUCGAUAGUCAAAGUCGUAAGUUCGUCAUCGCCAAUGCCCGGGUGGAGAACUGUGCCAUCAUAUUCUGCAACGAUGGCUUCUGCGCCAUGUGCGGCUACUCGCGGGCCGAGAUCAUGCAGAAGCCCUGCACGUGUAACUUCCUGUAUGGCCCUUACACCAGUCGGCUGGCCAUCGCCCAGGUGGCCCAAGCACUGCUGGGCUCGGAGGAGAGGAAGGUGGAGAUCAACCUCUACAGGAAGGACGGUGUGUGUUUCCAGUGUCUGGUGGAUGUGGUGCCAGUGAAGAAUGAGGAUGGCCUCGUGAUCAUGUUCAUUCUCAACUUUGAGGUCAUGUCAGAUAACAAACAGCCCAAUCAGCAUCUGAACCACAAGCUGCCUCCCUGGCUUACUACAGGUCGGACACGAGGCUUUAAGCUUCGCCUGCCCACACUUCGCUCCCUUAGCAACAGCAAGGUCACACUGGAAGACCCAGAGAAGGGGCGCCUCCCGGCUCCCGGCCACCCUAGUCCUGAGGUCUUGGCUCUGGGGGAGCUGCUCUCCCUGCCCCCCUUACCUCCAGGACACCAGAGCUCCGGCGGCUCCAGAGGAAGCAGCAGGCCGGCUCUGCUGUGGCCCGAGGACCAGCGCACCCUGCUGGGCUCCGAGCCUCCCCCGUCUACAGCCACCUCCUCGCUGCCCCUGGGCCAGUCAUCGCCCCGCAACGCUCUCCAGACGUUCAACGCGGACGUCUCGCUGUCCAACUGCAGCCUGUCGCAAAGCCGCUCCCGUGAGAGCUUCCACAGCAUGCGGCGGGCAUCGUCAGUGGAUGACAUCGAGGCCAUGCGGCCCGAUGGGGUCAGGAAAUACAGCUCAGGUCGACCAAUCCACAGCAGCACAGGCACAGUGAACAACAAGUCCAACAUCCUCAACUCCACGUCGGACUCGGACCUCAUGCGCUACCGCACAAUCAGCAAAAUCCCUCAGAUCACUCUGAACUUUGUGGACUUCAAGGCGGACCCCCUCAUCACACUGCCGACGGGGGAGAUGGACAUUAUAGCCCCCUGCAAGCUCAUCGACCGCACACACCACGUCACUGAGAAAGUCACCCAGGUGCUGUCGCUGGGUGCAGACGUUCUCCCAGAGUACAAGCUCCAGGCCCCUCGCAUCCACAAGUGGACCGUCCUCCACUACAGUCCCUUCAAGGCGGUGUGGGACUGGCUCAUUCUGCUCCUGGUCAUCUACACGGCCAUCUUGACCCCGUACUCCGCCGCCUUUCUGCUCAAUGGCGACGAGGACCUGGCCAUGGUGAACUGCAGCUACUGCUCCCCGCUCAACGUGGUCGACCUCAUCGUGGACAUCAUGUUCAUUGUGGAUAUUGUCAUCAACUUCAGGACAACGUACGUCAACGCUAAUGACGAGGUGGUCAGCGCCCCGUUGAGGAUAGCGGUGCACUACUUCAAAGGCUGGUUCCUCAUUGACAUGGUGGCAGCCAUCCCCUUCGAUCUGCUUAUCUACCGCAACGGGGAGGAGACGACCACUUUGAUUGGCCUGCUGAAGACAGCCCGCCUCCUGCGGCUGGUGCGCGUGGCUAGGAAGCUGGACCGCUACUCGGAGUACGGUGCUGCGGUUCUCUUCCUCCUCAUGUGCACGUUCGCCCUCAUUGCCCACUGGCUGGCCUGCAUCUGGUACGCCAUCGGCAACAUGGACGACAGCAAGAACAUUGGCUGGCUCCACACCCUGGGCGAGUCGCUAGGCAACCCCCACAACAGCACAGUGCCCGGGUCCGGGCCCACUAUCAAGGACAAGUAUGUCACCGCCCUCUACUUCACCUUCUCCAGCCUGACCAGCGUAGGUUUCGGCAACGUCUCACCCAACACCAACUCGGAGAAGAUCUUCUCCAUAUGUGUCAUGUUGAUUGGAUCUCUGAUGUACGCCAGUAUCUUUGGUAACGUGUCGGCCAUCAUACAGAGGUUGUACUCAGGUACAGCCAGGUACCACACCCAGAUGCUCCGCGUCCGAGAGUUCAUCCGCUUCCACCAGAUCCCCAACCCACUGAGGCAGAGGCUGGAGGAGUACUUCCAACACGCCUGGUCCUACACCAAUGGCAUUGACAUGAACGCAGUGUUGAAGGGGUUUCCAGAGUGCCUCCAGGCUGACAUCUGCCUCCAUCUGAACCGUACCCUCCUGGAGAACUGCAAGGCCUUCAAAGGCUCUACGAAGGGCUGCCUGCGUGCCCUGGCCAUGAAGUUCAAGACCACCCAUGCCCCACCCGGAGACACCCUGGUGCACGCCGGAGAUGUUCUCACCGCCAUCUACUUCAUCUCCCGUGGCUCCAUUGAGAUCCUCAGGGGGGAUGUGGUGGUGGCCAUCUUGGGAAAGAAUGACAUAUUUGGUGAGCCCAUUAACCUUUACGGAAGGGCUGGUAAGUCCAACGCUGAUGUGAGAGCCUUGACCUACUGUGACCUUCAUAAGAUCCACAGAGAGGACGUCCUGGAGGUGUUAGAUAUGUACCCUGAGUUUUCCGACCACUUCUGGAUGAACCUAGAGAUCACCUUUGACCUCCGUGAUACCAAUAUGAUUCCUGGCUCUCCAGAAAGUGACAACUCUGACUGUGUCGGGUUCAACAAACUGCGCAGACGCAAACUGUCAUUCCGGCGGCGGACAGAGAAAGACGAUGCCAACGCUGGAGAGAUCAGAAAGGAGAGAUCCAACAAGCCAGCGCGGCGGAGACAGAAGGAUUCAGCCAGUAUGCAGGGGGAGGGGCUUAAGCCAGACAGGGAGGGCACUAGGAACUCUGUGUCAUCCCACUCUAGUGGCGACGAGGGGGAGGAGUGUGUGGUCACGUGCCCCGCCCCCCCCAUCUUCUCUGCAUGAGAUGGGGAGGGGGAGGGAUACACCAAGGGAGGCAAUACCUGCAACGCACUCUCAGGAGCAUUUUCUGGGGUGUCUAACAUGUUCAGUUUCUGGGGGGAUAAUCGAGGGAGUCGUGAGUACCAGGAGCUCCCCCGCUGCAGCCUGGCCUCUCCCCCAACUUUGAACACGCCCCUCAACAAUGUCAGCCGCAGGCAGCGCUCCGAGCUGGAGACCAGACUGGACCUGCUGCAAAAACAACUCAACAGGCUGGAAACGAGGAUGUCGACCGACAUUGGGGCGAUCAUGCAGUUGCUUCAGCGUCAGAUGACCCUGGUGCCCCCAGCCUACAACAGCGUGUUGUUGUCCCCGCAAGCCUCGACCUACCCCGGGCCAGGCCCCGGAGAGAGGCUGGUGCAGCCUGUCACCCCCCUGGAGUCUGACACGCUGGCCUCAUUAUCCCAGGUUUCUUUCCCUCGGGACUUUGAGGAGUUCCCCAGAACACAGUGUGACACUCCCCACAGCCCUGCCGAGCAACAACCCCAAAACCCCCAUCUGGUCUUCCCCACUGAGGUACAGCGAGCCUCCACUGAGCUGGACAGCCUGGAGAUAGACCUAGGGGCUGGUGCAGGGUCAGAGGCCAGGUUGGGGUCAGGGAUAGUGGCUGGGGCAAGUGGCCUGAACCUUGACGGCCAGCAGAGGCUGUCUCUGCCUGAGCCACAAACGCCCCAGGAAUCACAGACACCACAGAGGCACAACUCCGACCCUGGGGGGAGCUAAGGAACGAGGGAUGGGAAGGGAGGCUGGAGAAAAUGAAGAGAGAGAGGGGGAGAGGAUGGGUAACUCUUUUGUUCUCUCUCUCCUAAGUCUCACGUCUCACAGGGUCCUUCCCUUUGUCCUUCCUAGUGAGGAGACAGACAUACGAGAAACAUGGAGUAUAGGGAGGGGGUUCCUUCAACCUCUGGAACCUCACUUGUGGCCGCUGAGCCUUACCUCUGACCUCUAACCUCUGACCUGAGGAGGCCGUUUCAGGGGGCCCUUUCCCUACCUGGCUCCUAAUGACAAUGUCACAACGUUACACUUACGUUAUCCAACUCACAGAAAGCGCGAGCGAGGGGAGCACACAAGUUCUGAACUGAGAUCCAGUCCACUCUGGCCCAGAGAGAUGACGUCAUAAAACAGAGACGGCUGGCUCUCUUCAGUCCCUUUACUGUUCUAUCCAGUAUGAACAACAAGAUAAACAAUAGUAGCCAUUUUGUCUUGCACUGAAAUUUACUAAUAUUCUAUCUAAUAUGUCCUUGGCGCUUCCGAAAAACUGGUUGGUUGGUUGUUUGGUGGACUGUAGUGUUAGCUGGCCUAACAGAAAACGAUUGUGUCCUGUCUUGCCCGGUCAUUGGCCCAUUCCCCGAAGGUCUGUUCCCCAAGAGCACACUGGAUUGGCUGGAUUGCACCUCAGGGGUGGGGAUUCUAGGGAGGUUUUAAAAGCCAUGAAUUCUUUGAUGAACAUAUCAAAUCCCUGCAGGAAGUUUGUACAGAUUGCUAGAGGAAGCGUGAGGCUAUGUACAGUUCAAUAUGCAAACACUGGUAAGAUAGGAGAGAGUAUACAUCCGAUACAUGUAUGUGCUAACAAUAUCAGUUCCGGUCUAAAGCUUUUUGCUCUAGUUUCGUCUGUUGUUCCCAGUGCAUGGUUUAGUCCCCCCCAUCUCACACUGUCAGAAGAAACGGCCUAAGUACCUUUUACUCAUCCAAGGAUCUGACCACACAGCAAUACUCGGGCCUGCAACAGAAGAACACUCGGCAGACAUUACAUCAUAGACCAUCCAUCUUUAACUCCCCACUCUUACUGCACUACUACAGGGAUGAGCGUCCUCUGGGGGGUCUCUGAUGACGGAUGAGGCACGGGGACGAUGGCGGCCAGUGAUACGCAGGGAACACGAAGAUUGUAUUUAACCGCUUUGCUGGUCUGAGCAUCUUAUUUAUUGAUUUGUUUUAGAAGUUUAAUGUUCUUUGUAGAUUGUACCAAAUAUGAUAUCUGCUAAUUCAGAAAAGAUGUACAGUUUUAGCUUGUUUCAGGAAGUGGAAGAUGAUAUUUCUGUACUGUACAUCUGAACAGGUACUGUACCUUCCACAGGUUCUUCGUGUGUUUGUUUUCUCCAUUUGUUUUAACAGAUUGAACGUCAGUACAACCAUUAUAGGUGUUUCUUCAGUAAUAUGACUGUUUGACGGGAGCUGCACUUUAUUAUGACUAUAAUUAUUACCAAUACUACAGGGUUGGGUAGGAUACUUUCUAAAUGUAAUCUGUGAGUUAGCUAGUCAUCCAUAACGUAACCUCUGGAUUACCUGAUUACUUUCCCUUUAACUGGCAUUAGUGCCAGAUGCAGUGUCUUCUAGUGGGUCCCAGAGUCGGCAUGGGUGCAAGUCCCACACACCUUCUUGACUUGCAAACUCUUCGACCUUUACUGGUUUAGUUUGAUUCCAAUACGCACACCAAAUCCUUAAAUCCGUAUAUGUGACGAAAAAGAGACAUUAAAAAUAGACCAAAAGGAUAUACAUUUUUCUGUGUCAUCCUAGUGGCUUCAGACGGACCUCAGGCUCGCUCAGGUGGAACACAACAAAAUGUGCGCCUUCUGUCAAAGCUGAAUUGAAUGUCACAGAUAACACAGAAUGGGGUCAGCAUAUUUAUUUUCUCCUCUGAACCUUUUUUUUCUGAAUUUAAGUGAAUCCAAAUAUGUAAUCUGGUUUUUAAAAAGUAUCUACAAUCUGAUUACAAUAUAUUUGCUGGUAAUGUAACUAAUCAGAUUUACAAGUAAUAUGUUAGGCUACUCCCAACCCUGUUCUACUUACUACCUGUUCUACUUACUACUUAACCAUGACAAGAGAUAUAAGCACUAGUGUCACUGUCCAGUAGAUUAAUAUUAUUUAUAGAUCUGUUAACACACAGGUAUACAAACACGCUAUUAGGCUCACUGUUGAUCAUUGUCAGUAAUGUCUUUGCAUGUAUAAAGGGCAGCACAAAAACCUGUUUGACUGAAUGGAGUGAAAUAUCAUGUGACGCUUUGUGAUGGUGCACCUUUAGUGUUGAACCAAAGCAAAUGAAAAGAGUUAUUACUGUAUUUAGCCUUGAAUUGAAAAGAAUGACAAAAGCGCUACCCAGAUUUGAAAGCAGAGUACACACCAAACCAAAAGAGACCUCUUUUCAACUGAUUUUCAUUUCUGCUGCCAGUCCAACUGCUGCAUCUGGUUCCAUCACUGCACUGAACAAUAAGGGUUUUAACAGUUGAAAAACAAUACCCCAAAAAUCUAUAACAAACUGCUGGAGCCCAGUAUCUAACUAAUUGUUCAAGUCUCACUGCUGUGAAAAUACAUUUUAUACAGUUUUUCUACCAAGCCGUCCCUCCCAGGAAAUAGACCCUUCUCUAGUCAAUGCUGCAUGGUCGACUGGAGCCUUUCCUUUUUCCAUAGUCUGUCACUUUACUAGGUUAGUUGUUGUAGAUGUUUGGGUGCCCAGUUAUCAGGUAACCUCCUCAUGACCCUUCGUAAUCAUUGCCUUGAAAGAUAUUUCCGACAUCUUAGAAAGUAAUGUUUGGUCACCCAAACAUUCUUUAUUGGCCCUUUGUUACUCUGCUAAAUCACAACGCUAAUGAAGCCCGAAUGAGCGUUUGGGUGUAGAUGUAGAUCUAUGGUUUGGAUAGGUUAUCAACAACUCUGUUUCCAAAGGAAGUUGUGACGCUGUGUAAAAUGGAAAGAAAAACCGAAUGCAGUGAUGUGCAAAUC